AUGGCUGAGCGAGGACUUCAGCUUGACCAGGAGAAGUUUUGCUGCUCCAUCUGUCUGGAUCUGCUGAAUGAACCAGUGACGACCUCCUGUGGGCACAGCUUCUGUAAGGGCUGUAUUAAAAAGCAUUGGGAUGCAGAGGAUCAUCGGGGAGCCCACAGCUGUCCUCACUGCAGACAGACCUUCAUACAGAGGCCGGUGUUGGGGAAAAACACCAUGUUAGCAGAGUUGGUGGAGGAGCUGAACAAUAGUGGACUCCAAGCUGCUCCUCAUCCUCAGCACUAUGCUGGACCUGGAGAUGUGGCCUGUGACGUGUGCACUGAGAGGAAGCUGAAAGCCUCUAAGACCUGUCUGCAGUGUGUGGCCUCCUACUGUGAGCUCCACCUCCAGCCUCACUACGAAUCCUCGACGUUUCAGAAACACAGGCUGGUCGAAGCCUCGGCAAAGCUCCAGGAGAACAUCUGCUCUCAUCACAACAGAGUGAAGGAGGUCUUCUGUCGCAGCGAUCAGCAGUGUGUCUGUUACCUCUGUGCUUUGGAGGAACAUAAAGACCACGACACAGUGUCAGCUGCAGCAGAGAGGUCUGAGAGGCAGAGAGAGCUCGGGCCGAGGUGGCAAAAACUCCAGCAGAGAAUCCAGGACAGAGAAAACGACAUGAAGCUGCUUCAGCAGCAGGUGGAGGCCCUCAGUGACUCUGCUGAUAGAGCAGUAAGGGACAGCCAGACCAUGUUCAGCCAGCUGAUGCGACUCAUAGAGAAACGAAGCUCUGAUGUGGAGCAGCAGAUCAGAUCCCAGCUAGAAACCGAACUGAGUCGUGUUAAAGAGGUUCAGAAGAAGCUGCAGCAGGAGAUCACUGAGCUGAGGAGGAAAGACGCUGAGCUGGAGCAGCUCUCACGCACAGAAGACCACGGCCAGUUUCUCCUCACCUACCCCUCACUGUCAGGGCUCAGUGAAUCCACACGAUUGGCCGGCAUCAACAUCCAACCUCAGAGCUACUUUGAAGAGGUGACGGCAGCUGUGUCAGAGCUCACAAAGAGCCUACAGAGCAUCCUGAGUCAGGACCCAUCUGAGACCUCACUGACUGAAGGGGAGGCUUUACAUGGAGCAGAACAGCACAUGACUUUAAUGAAGCAACAACUGUGCUUGCCACCAGAAGACUCCAAGGCUUUUGUCAAACACCAACCACGUUUGGUGCUACCACCACCAUCUGUACGACUACCACCAGAGUUGAAGACUUUAGCUAAACAGCCACUACCUCUGGUGCUGCCACCACCAUCUUUCCAGCCACCAGCAGUGCCCAAGACCAGAGAUGAGUUCCUACAAUAUUUCCAGCACAUCACCCUGGAUCCAAACACUGUGAACAAAGGGCUUGAACUGUCUGAGGGGAACAGGAAGGUGACGUGGCUGAAUAAAGUUCAGUCUUAUCCUGAUCAUGCGGAGAGAUUCAGUGACAGUUUUCAGGUUCUGAGCACAGAGAGCCUGACUGGUCGAUGUUACUGGGAGGUGAAGAGGACCCGGUCUGUUUCAGUAGCAGUGGCAUACAAGAGUAUCAGCAGAACAGGAAGUGGAAGUGUUUUUGGAGACAAUGACAAGUCUUGGACAACAUAUUGUUGCUUGAGUAAAUAUGAAUUCAAACACAACAGCACCAUUACUUUCCUCUCGGGUCUUCGGUCUUCCACAGUCGGGGUGUACCUGGAUCACAGUGCAGGUGUUCUGUCCUUCUACAGCGUCUCUGAAACCAUGACUCUCCUCCACAGAGUCCAGACCACAUUCACUCAGCCCUUACAUGCUGGACUUUGGGUCGGCUUUGGAUCCUCGGCUGAGCUGGUCGAGCUUCAGCAGUUUGGAGGUGUUAAGCGGGAGCCUUUGUGA